AUGCCCACUCAGCUGGAGCUGGUCAUGAACCUCAUGAUUAGGAUCUUCCACCAGUACUCUUGCAAGGAAGGGGACAGAUUCAAGCUCGACAAGGGGGAACUGAAAAUGCUCCUGCAGCGAGAGCUCGCGAUAUUCCUCUCGUGUGCCAAAAAAACCCCCCAAUUGGUUGAUACGAUAAUGCAGGACCUGGAUGCCAAUAAGGACAACGAAGUGGAUUUUAAUGAAUUUGUGGUCAUGGUGGCAGCUCUGACAGUUGCUUUGUAA